UAAAGACACAUUCUUUCACUUCUAACUGUGGCACAACGUGGACGGCAGAUUCCGAUUAAGACCAAUUACAUCACCAAAAAUCUUAUUUAUUUAGUAAGUUCUCACAGCAUGGGAGCUAAAACCUUGGAAUUUUUACACAGGCAUGUUCAUACAGGCCAGCUUUUUCCUCCCUUGACCAAACUAAAACGAGAAAUGGACAAGAACAUGAAUAAAUAUUCAUUUGUUUCAAUUACUAAGAUGAGAGCAUAAAUAAUAACGAGGUUUACCUGCCUCCACCGAAGUUCAACAUAGGAGAGAGAUCUAUUUCUGUGUAUAAAACAAAGCUCUUGUAUGUGUAGCAACGAGUAACAAGAUUCAAGUAUAUUUCUGUCUAACCUUUUCAUGUGUAUCGCAGAAGAAAAAUGGAGAUGUCAAUUGAGCAAAAGAAAGCCACCCCAAAGGUUGAAAGGAAAAAGGGUGGCUUCAGAACCUUGCCCUUUAUCAUAGCAAACGAGACAUUUGAAAGGGUUGCGAAUGUGGGGCUGCAUGUGAACAUGAUAUUGUACCUGCUACAAGAGUAUAAUUUUGACCCUGCAACAGGAGCCAUUGUAGUAUUCCUGUGGAACGCCGUAUCCAAUUGUAUACCAAUGUUUGGAGCUUUCCUUUCUGAUUCUGGGCUUGGACGAUUUCGUGUUAUUGCCCUCGGAACCAUCAUCGACCUUGCUGGCCUGGUUGUAUUGUGGCUCACAGCGAUUAUUAGGCGUGCUAGGCCUGAAUGCCAUAAUGAAGAAGCUUGUGCGAAACCUACAUCAUUUCAACUCCUAUUUCUUUUCUCUGCACUUGCUCUGAUGGCUCUUGGGGCUGGUGGAAUUAGGCCGUGCACCUUAGCCUUUACGGCUGAUCAAAUCAGCAACCCUGAAAACCCACAAAAUGAGAGGACCCUGAAGAGCUUCUUCAAUUGGUACUAUGUUUCGGUUGGCGUUUCAGUAUCAAUUUCAGUGAUAUUUAUAGUGUACAUCCAAGUUAAAGCAGGAUGGGCGGUAGGUUUUGGGAUUCCUGUGGGGCUUAUGACAUUUUCUACUUUAAUGUAUUUCUUGGGUUCUUCUUUGUAUGUCAAAGUGAAACCAAACAAGAGCUUGCUCACUAGCUUUGCCCAAGUGAUUGCGGCAGCCUGGAAAAACAGACACUUGUCUCUUCCUCCCACGAACUCCGACGCAUGGUAUUUUCACAAUGACUCCAUUCUUGUUCAGCCAACUGAUAAAGUAAGGUAUGUAACAUGAGAAUACAAUACUCUUGAAAAUUUUGGUGUUGUAAGAGACCAACCUGGAAGUAACACACCACGACGUAAACCUGGUUUUGUAAUCUUACACUAUUUGUUGGAGGACUUCAAUUUUAGUAUAUUAAUCAAUUUAAUAUUUGAUUCUCCCUUCCUAGGUUCUUGAACAAGGCUUGCAUACUGAAGAACAAAGAGAAAGAUCUAGACAGUGACGGGAUGCCCACUGACCCGUGGAGUAUGUGUACAGUGAGACAAGUAGAGGAAUUGAAAGCUAUAAUCAAAGUUCUUCCUAUUUGGUCCACUUGUAUCAUAUUUGCAACAACCAUAAGCCAACAAUCAAUUUCUGUGGUACAAGCAAGGACCAUGAACAGGGUGGUGUUCCAUACGGACAUUCCAUCAACCAACUUCAGUGCAUGCAUAAUCAUUACUUUAACCAUAUGGGUGGCUAUUUAUGACCGAAUUCUGGUUCCCAUGUUCCCAAAGUGGCGAGGACUCAGUGUUAAGCAACGAAUGGGAUUUGGAAUAGCUAUCUCAUGCUUGGCCACUGCAGUGGCAGCAUGGGUAGAGAAGAAAAGAAGGGAUGAAGCAAUAAGGGAAGGGUUUAUAGACAACCCAAAAGGAGUUGUGAACAUGUCUGCUUUGUGGUUAGUGCCUCAAUACUGCUUAUAUGGUUUAGCAGAGGGUUUGAACAUCAUUGGACAAAUAGAGUUCUAUUACACCCAGUUUCCUAGGACAAUGUCAAGCAUUGCUGUUUCCCUAUGCACCUUUGGCUUUGGGGUAGGAAACCUUGUCGGAAGCCUUAUUGUGAUGGCUGUGGGAGAGGGAACAGGGAAAGGAGGAAAAGCUGGCUGGCUAGCAUCAAACAUCAACAUGGGCCACUAUGACUACUACUAUGCCCUUCUUCU